AUGAAUUUCAGAUUUAAGGAAAAAAAUAUAUGCGUUUCUGAGGGUUGUGUCAAAUCGGCAGCUUCUAUAUUAGCUAAUGUAGACAAGACGGUCAAUCCUUGUGAUGAUUUUUAUCAGUUUGCGUGUGGUAAGUUUACGACAGGUGCUCUAGUAGACGAUGACAAAGCUUCUCGGACUACAUAUAGUGCUGUGAAUCGCAUGGUCGAAGACAAAAUUAGACAUGUUUUAGAAGAACCUAUCAAUCAGCUCGAUUCGAUUCACUCAAAAUUGGCUAAACAGAUAUACGCUACUUGUAUGGACGAACAAACUCUGGAAAAACGAGGUACUCAGCCGUUACGAGAAAUUCUAUCUAAAAUAGGCGAAUGGCCUGUAUUGAGCGGUAACCAAUGGGACGAAGAAAAUUUUCAUUGGACCGAUACCGUUUACAAAUUCCGUGACCACGGACUAAGUAUCGACUACUUGAUUGACUUAUCAGUUAAAAUCAAUCAUAAAAAUACAGAGGCUUAUAUUAUCGAAUUAGAUCGAGCAACUCUAGCAAUGAGUUCAGUAUAUAUGAAACACGGACUCAAAGAUAAGAGAGUCAGUUCGUAUUAUCGAUACAUGGUAGACGUCGCCGUUGAACUUGGAGCAACCGAACAGUAUGCCAAGUCGGAAUUACGACGUGCACUUGACUUAGAAGUCCAGCUCGCUAGAAUAUCACAAUUGCAGUCAUUAAGACAUCUAAAAGAACUAUUUACUGAGGUCACUUUAGCUGAUUUGGCAAGACGUUAUUCAGGAAUACCCUUACGAGAAUAUAUUAAUCGACUGAUUUGUGGAGCCGGCAAAACGUGUGUAUUAAAUAACGACAAAAUCGUGGUUAAUACACCCCAUUAUCUGGAAGGACUAGAAGCAACUCUGAAAUUUACCUCAAAGAGGGUGUUAGCAAAUUACUUGGUAUGGCGGGCCGUAGCAUCGUCGAUUGCAUUUUGCAACCGAAGAGUCAGGUACCGAGAACAGCUAUGGCAUGAAGCAGUUUUAGGUCGACCGGCUCGAGAACCUAGAUGGACUGAAUGUGUAACUAUCUCUUCAACCGUGGUAGAUUCAGCAGUUAGCGCUUUAUACGUCAAACAAUAUUUUGAUAAGCAAACCAAAACAGUCGCUACUGAUAUGGUUAAACGCAUUCGAAAGGAAUUUUAUCAUACUCUUUCAAAGUCGGAUUGGAUUGACCCGAUAACAAAAAGAAAUGCCCUCGAUAAAGCUGAAGCCAUAGAAGAAUUUGUGGGCUAUCCCGAUGAGCUUUUAGAUUCUCUUACCGUCGACAAACAUUAUGAAACUUUUGAAAAAUUACGUGGUCCAGUUAACAAGACCGAUUGGGUGACACAUGGACAAGCCAUUACUGUAAAUGCAUUUUAUAACUUAGUUGAAAAUAGUAUUCAAUUACCUGCAGGUAUUUUGCAAGGUAUGUUUUUUUCGCCCGAUCGACCCAAUUAUUUGAAUUAUGGAGGGAUCGGCUACGUUAUUGGUCAUGAGAUUACUCACGGUUUCGACGACCAAGGUCGUUUGUACGAUAAGACUGGUAACCUGCGAGACUGGUGGCUACCAGAGACCGUUGAAAAGUUCCACGAACGAACCAACUGUAUGAUUCGACAAUAUAGUAACUACACUGUAGAUAAGGCGGCUGGAUUACGUAUUGACGGGCGACAUACGAUCGGUGAAAAUAUCGCUGAUAACGGCGGAGUAAUGUCGGCUUAUAAUGCGUACCGUCGAUGGUCAGCUGAUAAAAUAGAGCCACGGUUGCCCGGACUAUUCGAAUAUUCACCUCAACAGAUGUUUUGGAUUAACGCAGCGAACAUUUGGUGUUCAGUGUAUCGACCAGAAACGCUCAGGCACGUUGUUUUAACCGGCUUGCAUGCCCCGGGCAAAUUUCGCGUGAUAGGUACCUUACAAAAUCAACCGGAAUUUGCGAGUGACUUUAAUUGUUCUUUAGGAUCUUACAUGCACCCGCAGAAAAAAUGCAAAGUAUGGUAACGUCAUAAAAAA